AUGUGUCGCUUCACUCAAAGAAGUUCAGCUUUGUCAUGUCCAAAAAUAUGUAAUAUAUUUUGGCGGUUUCAUCAUUCAAGUACAUCCCACCUGUGCAGCUGCAGUAAGACAGUUAGUGAUGAAAAAUACCAAGAUCCUUUUCAACUUGGUAGAAAAGACUUGAAGAAUCUCUAUGAAGAUAUCAAAAAGGAAUUACUUAUAUCUACAGCAGAACUGAAGGAAAUGUGUGAUUAUUACUUUGAUGGGAAAGGAAAGGCCUUUCGACCAAUGAUUGUGGUGCUAAUGGCAAGGGCUUGCAACAUUCACCAUAAUAAUUCCAGGGAGGUACAAGCAAGCCAGCGCUCUGUGGCCAUAAUUGCUGAGAUGAUCCACACAGCCAGCCUAGUUCAUGAUGAUGUUAUUGACGAUGCAAAUUCUCGCAGAGGAAAAAUGACAGUCAAUCAGAUCUGGGGAGAGAGGAAGGCUGUUCUAGCUGGUGACUUUAUCCUCUCAGCUGCUUCAGUAGCUUUAGCACGAAUUGGAAACACUACUAUCAUCUCUGUUCUAACUCAGGUGAUUGAAGAUCUGGUGCGUGGUGAAUUCCUCCAGUUGGGUUCCAAGGAAAAUGAGAAUGAGAGAUUUGCUCACUACCUCGAGAAGACUUUUAAGAAGACUGCGAGUCUUAUAGCAAACAGUUGUAAAGCAGUAUGUACGUCUGUCUCUUCUAAA